GUUCUGCACAUGUGCGUCGCGUCAUAGCGGAAGUUUCAACAUGGCGGGAGCUAGAAACUGGUCUUCAGGAGAGACAAAGUUUAUGCUUCAAACUUUAAAAAUAAUCAGCAGGAUGGAUGGCCGUAAAGCUCGUAAUAACGAGCUGUUCAGACAAGUAACUAUAUGAGCAAAUGAACGACAGCGGGUUUACACGAACUAUAGAGCAAAUUAAAAACAGAUGGAAGUUUCUCAAAUCGGCGUAUCACAAAGCUAAAAGCCAGAAUGGUGAAAGCGGCUCCGAUCCGUCCACUUUUCCGUUUUACGAUAUUAUGGACGAAUUCAUGGGAGAUCGACCCCUUGCUAACACGGAUGAAAACAGUGUUGAUGUUGGGUUUGCUGACGAUGGAUACGCUGGAAAACGUUAACAAGGAUUCUAGCCCUGAGGAGUAUGCGGACCAGAUCACCUCUGAUAACUCUGAUAACGCUACCGCUGCCCAGGAAUCUACAUUUGCAAGUGGAACCAGCUCCAGCGUCCAGUCUGAUGAUGGCAGCGAGCAGACCAAUGGGGCUUCACGAAAAAGACCUGGAACAAGAGUUUCCUCUCGUUACGACAAGGCCAUGUGCACUUGGUCAACUGAGCAGCAAUCAUUUCUGGAAAAGAUGCAGGAGGUGCAAAAUGUUUGGAUGGAAAAACAACUGGAGAGAAGCCAACAAGGUGAAGAGAGGCUUCUUGCUAAACUGGUCGAGGAAACCUCACGAUUAAAUGAGCGUCUUGUAGGGCAACUACUAUCAGGUCUUAGUAGCAUCUUUUCCCAGACAAUGAGCAUGCCACCAUUUACCCAGGGUGGAACCGCACAAUUCCAAUACUCCCAUCUCCAACCAUGUCAUCCAUACCCUGACAGCCAAAAUGUUCACCGCUCACAGAACACCCCAUUCUAUAGUGACACUGACAGUUACACUUUCAUAAACAGCACUCAUUAUUUAAACUGAACUAAAGGUUUACACAAUGUAUGCACAAUUUUUUAUUUGUUGCUGCUGACAUUUUUUACAUUCAAAAACAAAUUGUUCACCACACUGUUCUCCUACGGUUAAAGAACAUAACUGUGCCUUAAUAGCUCAAAUUAAGGUAUAGUAUGUUGCACAAAAAUUGCUAUACAAUAAAAUGUGCUUUCACUUAAA